CCCGCCCGCCGCCCAAGGCAGGCUGCGCACGUCUCGCUGCUGCCUGCUGCUAGUUGCUGCUGCUGCCCCUAGCCGUCGCUACCGACGAGACGUCGACGGCGACCCGGCCCUUCCCUGCCCUGCCCACCCCCGUCAAUUCCCACCGAAACUACCCGCCCGCCCCUGCCUUUCCGGGGGAGCGGAAGCGGAACCACCACCACCGCCGACGAGCCCCGCCGACUCUAGGGUUUGGGCCAUGGAGCUGCCCCCCGGCGCCGCCCGCCGCACCAACUACUCCCUCCUCUCUCAGUUCCCCGACGACGCCGCGGGCGCGGGGCCCGGGCCGGGGCCCGCGCCCGCCAGCGCCCUGCAGCGCCAGUCCAGCGGCAGCAGCUACGGCGGCGGGAGCUCCGUCUCCGCCUCCAGCGACUACCCCUUCCACCUCCCGCCGCCCGCCUCGGCCGCCGCGGGGCCCGGAUCGGCGGCGGCCGCGCCCGGGGGGUCGUCGCCCUGCAAGAGCUGGGCGCAGCAGGCCGAGGAGACCUACCAGCUGCAGCUCGCGCUCGCGCUCCGCCUCUGCGCCGACGCCGCCUGCGCCGCGGACCCGGGCUUCCUCGACCCCGGCGACCCCGGGAGCGGCGGGAGGGGCAGCGGGAACGGGAGGGCCUUCCCGCUCGCGCAGCCCGCGCCGUCCGCCGAGUCCCUCUCGCAUCGCUUCUGGGUGAAUGGCUCGCUAUCAUACAACAGCACGAUACCAGAUGGUUUUUACGUGAUUCAUGGGUUGGACCCCUUCGUGUGGUCACUAUGCACGGAUGUACAUGAAGAGAAUCACAUACCCUCCAUGGAAUCACUCAAAUCUGUCCGUCCCGACGAUUCUUCAAUUCAAGCCAUUCUCAUCGACCGGAGAACUGAUUUUGAUUUGGGUAUGCUGGAGAGUUAUGCUUCCAGCCUUUUGUCCAGCUGUACUGAUGCCAAGGAUGUGGUAAUCCAACUAGCCAAAGUCGUAUCUUCAAGGAUGGGGGGUACAGCAUCCAAUGAAGAUAGCUUGUUUCAAAAAUGGAAAGAGUGCAACGAGGCCAUCAAGUCAAGUACAGGAUCUGUUGUGCUUCAUCUGGGAAAGCUCCCUGUUGGUCUUUGCAAGCACCGCUCGUUGUUAUUCAAAAUAUUAGCAGAUAAAGUCAGUAUUCCAUGUAGAGUUGUUAAGGGUUGUAAAUAUUGUAAAUCUGAUGAUGCCUCCUCCUGUCUUGUACGCUUUGGGCUUGAAAGAGAAUACUUGGUUGAUUUAAUUGGGGAUCCCGGCCAACUUAGUGAUCCUGAUUCCUUUGUCAAUGGCCCCUACUCACUAUCGGUGUCCUCACCUCUUCAUCCUCCCAAAUUUAGGUCAUUGGAGAUCACUUCAAAUUUCAGCUCGGUAGCCAAGCAGUACUUCUCAGAUUGCCAUUCACUGAAUCUCUUGUUCAGUGAUUCUUCCACAGGUGCUACUAGUGCAGUAACUACUCUGGACCAACCUUAUUCUAAGAAACAUGUUGCUGGGGAUGAGACCAUGAACAACUGGAUGCCAGGAAAAGGGCAAGCAGCAAUAAAGCCGGACAUCAUUGUGCAAGAAGCUCCUCGUGAGGUUUUGCCACUAAUUUCCUCCAAUAUGAAACUUGAUAGGAAGAAAGAAUUGAAGUUAAUUGAGGAGACUCAGCAGUUAAGACAUACAGUCAGUGAUCUGUCACUUGCUGCGGAUGAUCUGAUCAUUCCAUGGAACGAGCUGGUUUUAAAGGAGAAGAUUGGAGCAGGGUCUUUUGGAACAGUCCAUCGUGCUGAUUGGCAUGGAUCGGAUGUUGCAGUCAAAAUACUUAUGGAGCAGGAUUUUCAUCCAGAGCGCUUCAGGGAAUUUAUGAGGGAGGUUGCAAUUAUGAAAAGUCUGAGACAUCCAAAUAUUGUUCUAUUCAUGGGUGCUGUCACUGAACCGCCGAACCUAUCAAUAGUUACAGAAUACUUGUCUAGGGGCAGUUUGUAUAAACUUUUGCAUAGGAGUGGUGCGAAAGAAGUUCUGGAUGAGAGACGCCGAUUAAACAUGGCAUUUGACGUGGCCAAAGGAAUGAACUACCUGCAUAGACGCAGUCCUCCUAUUGUUCAUCGUGACCUGAAGUCUCCAAAUCUUCUAGUUGACAAGAAGUAUACUGUCAAAGUAUGCGACUUUGGCCUUUCAAGAUUAAAACCUAACACCUUCCUGUCUUCCAAGUCUUUGGCUGGAACUCCUGAAUGGAUGGCACCUGAAGUGCUUCGAGAUGAACCAUCCAAUGAAAAAUCUGAUGUCUACAGUUUUGGUGUCAUCCUAUGGGAACUAAUGACAUUGCAACAACCAUGGUGUAACCUGAAUCCUGCCCAGGUGGUUGCCGCUGUAGGUUUUAAAGGUAGAAGGCUUGAAAUCCCUAAAGAUCUGAAUCCUCUAGUAGCCGCGUUAAUUGAAUCUUGCUGGGCAAGCGAGCCAUGGCGAAGACCCUCAUUUACAAAUAUUAUGGAAACUUUGAGACCAUUAAUUAAGGUUCCAGUGCCGCAGUUGAGUCGAUCAGAUUUGUAUGUAUGCUGUAUAGAACAAAUCAAAUCAAACCGGCUGCUGCGUUCACUGUCCGAACCACCUCCCUGCCUCCUCUUCCUCGCUUGCUCCCCCAAUCCAUUCCUCCCGAUUCCCAAACCCCAGAGGCGGCGCGGCCACCGAACCCUGUUCCGCGGGUUCGGCUUCGAUUGCCUCAGCCGCGCCUCUCAAACCCUAGCUCCCUCCCCCACAUGCUGCGCCCCAAACCCUAGCUUCCCCGCCAUGCGCGCCUCCGCCUCCGCGGCCCCCAUGGAGGCCUCCGCCUCCGCCCGCAGAUCCGCGCCGGGCCCCGACCCCGGCGCCAAGAAGCCGCGCCUCGCGCAGCCGCCGCCGCGGGACCCCAGAUCUUCGUCCUACGCCGCCGCCUCCAAUGGCGCCGCCGCCAGCGCCGCCGAGCAGGCGCUGGUCGACGAGCUGCUCGGCCAGUACCGGACCGCGCUCGGGGAGCUAACCUUCAACUCCAAGCCCAUCAUCACCAACCUCACCAUCAUCGCCGGCGAGAACCUCCAGGCCGCCAAGCCCAUCGCCGCCCUCAUCUGCGCCAACAUCCUCGAGGUUCCAAGUGAACAGAAGCUACCAUCUUUAUAUCUACUUGACAGUAUUGUCAAGAAUAUUGGAAAAGAUUAUGUUAAACAUUUCUCUGCAAGACUACCAGAGGUUUUCUGCAAGGCAUAUAAACAAGUUGAUCCUUCUAUACAUCAUAGCAUGAGGCAUCUUUUUGGAACAUGGAAAGGAGUGUUUCCGCCACCUCCUCUCCAAACGAUUGAGAAGGAACUUGGUUUUCAGUCAUCUGCCAAUGGAUCGUCAAGUGCUGCACCAUCGAGGCCUGAUUCUCAGUCCCCGCGGCCAUCCAAUAGCAUACAUGUUAAUCCAAAAUAUUUGGAAGCGAGACAGCAACUCAAUCAACCAACUAAGGGCAUACUGGGAAGUGGUGCUAAGGCAGCUGUAAUUGCUGAUGCAGGCGAUGAUGUUGAGAGGCCUAACAGGCUAGGUACUGAUAGAAGUGCAGGGCGACGAUUAGAUGCUCCUAACGCUAGGCCUAACAUUCAGCGCACUCAGAGGGACCCUUUUAGCAAUCCUGUAAAUGAAAAGCAGGCAGGUAGGGAUGUCAGGGGCCUUGGAUUGUCCAGCAUUUCGCAGCAAGCUGUUGUUGGAACUGGUCAAGUUCGCUCAAAACCCAAAGGUCAAGAUGGAAUCGGAGGGCUGUAUUAUGGCACUGAUGUUGGCUCUUCUGAAGAACAAUUUGACCGGCGCAGCAACUUUUAUUCAAGCAAGGAUGUUCGGCCAUCAGGACCUGUACGUUUGGAUAGCGCACUUCUUCCAACUCCUUCCAUUAAUUCUGAUAGAAUUGGUAGGCCUUCAUCAAACAGAAGUUGGAAGCACUCCGAGGAAGAAGAAUAUGUGUGGGAUGACGUACAUUCUCAAGCAGCAGAUUAUGGUGGUAACAAUACUGUAAGAAAAGGAGAAUGGAUGGCCGAUGAUGGCAACGCUAAGUUUGCAAGCCUCCAAAGGGCUAAAUGGCCUGAGGUGGGAGCUGUUGAACAUUUAGACCCAAACAUACAUAAACUAGAUAGCUUACCAAGAUUUGGACUUGCCACAGGUCAAGAUAGAAGACAUGCAGCAUACUUGGAUCAUGAAGAGUACAUUCAUGGUAGGCAUGAGGUGGAACCAAGAAUUGAUAGGGAAAUUAGGCCUGAUGGACAACAGCUCCCACCGCAUCGAAGUUCCUCUCUCUGGGUGUCGCAGGAAAAAGUACACCCAGACAUUGGGCUGGAUCCUAGGAUAUCAAGGUUUUCCAAUCAGCCAGGAGAAAGGUCUACAAUUUAUACUGGCACCAUGUCAGCAAGUAUCACUUCAUCUGUAUCUGUUGGGUUAUCAGGAGCCUAUGCUGGAAGAUCAAGCCUAGAUAGUGCAAACAGUGUACCAACAAGAUCAACUGAGACCUUUGGGCAGCAGAAGCACAGAUAUUGGUCAUCUUCCCCUCCACCAGUUCACUCACCUUCAUCUACUGCACCCUUUGCACAUCAGAGUUCUCCAAAUCCUGCUGAGCCUGAUUUUUAUCCCUCCAGACCAUUUUCUCAAUUGGGCCAAAAUCCUCAAGAGGAAUAUAGCCAAAGAGUGGCAGCAUUUGCUAAAGAUUCUCAUUUUAUUGCUCAGAAUGCUGGACUUACUCAGGGACAACCUAGUCUACAGGCAACCCAGCAGGCACAAAAAUAUCCUACCUUACAGUCAAAGCCACAUAUCAAGCCAACUGAUCAAGUGCAGGCAAGCUUUUCACGUGAAAAUUCUCCUUCGCUGUGCAGACCUUCCAUCCAGCUUGGAGAAGUCUCUUUGCCCACUGAUUCCACCCCUAUAAGGUCAGAUUUGACAGGUGCUAGUAAUUUGUUGGCUGGUCUCAUUAAGAGUGGGUUCAAACCAAAUAACCCCGGCGAUCUUGCAAGUUUGAGGGCACAGCCUCUUGUUCCGAGUGGACCACUUCCACAUACUCUGCCAUCUGCUCCAAUGGCUUCUUCAUCACUGCAAAAUGCAGCUGGUGAAAAUACCACUCUGCAAACUCAGAUAACCAACACUGCGCGUCCACCUUUACCACCGGGUCUGCCACCACCUCCAUCAACACAGAGUGCGGAGAAAGCUGCACCUCUCUCAAGUCUUCUCAGUUCCCUGGUUGCAAAGGGAUUAAUCUCUACGCCAGCCACUGAUUCAUCCACCGCUGUCCCUUCACAGCCAAAUGAAUCAAGUGUCAAUGCUACAAAUGUCACAGCUGCAGCUAUGCCUUUGCCAGCUCAGAUGCCUUCAGUUGGUAAGGAGGCAUCUAAUUCAGUUUCAUCUGCCCCAACAAACGUUUUGUUACUCAAAGCUGUUGAAAUCAAGACAGGUGACCUUAUUGGCCUGGAGUUCAAGCCAGAGAAACUUCGUAAGUACAAUGAACAUGUGAUUAGCAGCCUCUUCGGUGACCGAAACUAUCAGUGUAAAAUCUGUGGUGAGAGGUUCAGUCUUGAAGAAGAAUUGAGGUCACACACGACAUGCGGUGGGUCAAGGGCAUCUGAGACUAGCUUUGCUGGAAUUGCACCUAAAAAAUGGUACCCUAGCAAGAACAGUUACAUUGAUGGAUCAAAUGAAAUGGAGGACAGCGCUGAGGCAUCUGAUGUGGAUUUAAGUUCUGGGGAAGUGUGCGAGUUUAUGGUCCCGGCAGAUGAGAACCAAAUCAUCUGUGCACUAUGUGGGGAGCCAUUUGAUGACUUCUAUUCUAUUGAGAAGGGGGACUGGAUGUACAAGGACACAGUAUUUCUGGAGUUCCCCAAUGGAGAAAGCAACUGCGGAAGCAAUGUUGAGGGCAAAGAGCAGGUGCCCAUAGUUCAUGUAAGAUGUAUGCCAAAGGACUCAAAUGACGGCAUGGAGGUGGACUAGCAUAUUAUCGUGUACAGCAGCUGAAGCAGCCAGCUAAGUCUACUGGGGGCAUUGAGAUGGAGGGAGCGAAGAGGUUUGCACGAGGAAAUGUGCAAUGGCAGCUCAUCUGUUGCAAUGGGGCUGAUGUCAUACAUGUAAAUGGAUUAGUGGGAAAGGUAGUAUUGAAAACAAAAUUUUGGUCAAGAGCUGAAAUCGUCCAUUUGUUUUAUCGUGCCCUGUAGAAAGUGCUUUACACAAAGAAUAAAGCCCCCCAAGGAGCACUUUGGCCAUGUGAAUGAGAAUAAUCGAAAUCCUAAUAUUUUUGGUCUCCAUCAGAGGGAUCUUUCUGAUGACAGAAAGAAAAGCUUUGUAAGAGCAUGUCAAAAGAGUGUAUUGUUUAUUUACGAGGAAAAGGGGGAUGAUGCCCCGCAUGUAAUUCAGACACUGGUUUCUGACGGACACUUGCUCUCAUCAUUUUGAGUAGGGAUUUUGUACUUGAGAAGAAACUGAUAGUAAUAUAACAUGAUAGGAAGGGCAAAAUGGGUUAGUUGUGAUUGAUUUGCUAGACCUGUCGUCCUAUUUUUCUUUCCAGUGCCAUAUGUUUCUGGUAACGCGUUUUCGAGUUGCAUAGAUGAAAUUCGACAGACAACAAA